UACCUCUGUAAUUGUGUUCUUCAACCUUAAAGAUGUCAUGUGCAAAUAAGGAGGUGCAAAAUUACGAUUUUGAGGAGUUUUUUGCCCCUGAGCUGGACAAAAAUGGAUAUCAAGCUUUAUAUAAAAGUAAAACAAAUGAGGUUUAUAGUGGAAAUCCCCUUACAAUUGAUGGCUGUGAAACAUUUUUCCAUACGGAUAAAAGUUUUAAAGAAGAAUUUAAUAAGGCUGCUCAAUCCUUGACUGAUUUUGCAAGUCCAAGUACCCAGAAGAAAGCUACUUUGAAUCGGUUGGUGAAGGAUAUUGUUGCAUUGAUUGUCGUUCUUGAAGCAAAAUUUACUAACCAGAGAGUUGAUAAUCCUGGCAAGAGGCAGCUUCUUUGCGUGGCAAAUACACAUGUCAAUGUUCAACAAUAUCUAAAAGAUGUCAAGAUCUGGCAGGUGCACACUCUCUUGAAAGGAUUGGAAAAAAUAGCUGCCAGUGCAGACAUUCCAAUGUUGGUAUGUGGGGAUUUCAAUUCUGUUCCUGGAAGUGCUCCACAUGCACUUCUUGCCAUGGGAAAGACAGACCCAAUGCAUCCAGAUUUAGCGUUAGAUCCUCUCGGGAUUUUACGUCCUCAUAGCAAUAAUUUUCAACAGGUUAGUGCCUACUCAUCCCUUGCAAGGGUGGGUGUAGGUCUCGAAUUGGAACAGCAAAAGAGGAGAAUGGAUCCCUCAACAAAUGAACCCUUAUUCACAAAUUGCACUAGAGAUUUUAUUAGAACUCUAGAUUACAUAUUUUACACAGCUGAUUCUCUGGCGGUGGAGUCCUUAUUGGAACUGUUGGAUGAGGAUAGCUUGAGGAAAGACACUGCUCUUCCUUCUCCAGAGUGGUCCUCAGAUCAUAUAGCUCUUUUAGCCGAAUUUCGCUGCAUGCCUAGGCUUAGACGCUGACACUCCAGGUCCGGAGAUGCCCUAGAAAUGGGGAAAGGAGAAGCUGAUCAUACAGAUACAUUAUUGCCAAAAGGGUAGAUGAUCCACCCUGUGUUCUUACUCGAAGGAUUGAUGAUAGGAUCCUUGCAAUGAUCUGCUU